GUCAAGUUGGUUUCACAAACUGUCAAAUUGGUUCGUCAAGCAGCCUCACACUCGGUCAAACAAAGCACCAACAUGAGCGUCGACCUGGGGGGCGGAGACAAUGUUGGUCAAACCGUCUGAGCGUCUGUGGGGUGCAAUAAACAGCUACCCGUAGGUACGAUCAGGUCAGUGUGCAUUCGAUUUGGUACCCAACGUGUAUGCGUCGACGGUAAGGAUCAUUUGUACCAAAGCAUAGCACAAAAAGGUGGUAAAUCAGCAUAAAAGAAUCAGUCGUUGGAAGACAUCAUAUAAUUGUAAUGUGUUAAUUUACAACUAGUGCAGCAAGAACAGUUCAAACGUUUGCCGAUUUGCAGUGAGUGGCUAGAUAAGUUUUCUAGCGGUAGCAACAAUUCAGUAAUCAAGCAAGGCAGCCAUGAUGACGGUUCGCGAUAAUCCUCCAAAGUUCUAUCGUGCAAUUCACUUUCCGUACGGCGAACGGAACAACUCAAAACCGAGCGGAAGCGUUUCAAAACAGCCAGCGAACCCGACCUUGAAGCAGUGCAAGAAACUAACCAAUUCCACUAAGGACCAGUAUAUCAAGCUGCGAAACCCCGAUGCCGGUGGUUUGCCGUAUUCCGCCAAGCUUCGAUGCGGAGACACAUACUGGAAAUUACACGGAGACGGAUGUUUAGUGACCAUUGGAUCCGAUUACGUAGCUCAGGUGUCCAUCGAGCACAUCCCGGAGUUGGACGAUAUGAGUGAUUUUAAAGCCUCGAAGGAACUGCUACUAGCAAACCUGAAAAUCGACAAUGUGUUAUUCGAUCGGCUGGUAAAACAAACAACCGACACAGUAGGAACUAUAAAAUCAGUACUACAUGAUCUGGCAAUCGGAUGCGCAGCGGAUCCAAACAGUGCCAAAUGUUUGUUGGAAUUGUGGAGAAUUGCUGACGAGUAUAAUUUCAAAAUAAGCAUCAAAUUUUCGGAUGAAAUUAACUCCAAUGAAAUCAUACAGCAUACCCAACUGAAGGCUGUGAUAACACAAUAUGCGAAGCAGACUCAUAAACUAGAAGAACGAAGCUUAGUUGAACGGGGCAAAAGUUGGAUUCAAGGCUUAAUGAAAAAGAACUUCUUCGGUGAAUCAUUGACAACAGUGAUCAAGAACCAUAAGACCAUCAUAAUGGAAAUGUGCACUUCAUACCUCAAACAGAACAUUGCCAAAUUAGAACCACAUCGCUGCUUACUACUUACAAAAAACGAUGUCAAGUUGUUCAGUGAUUUAGAAUGUGCUCUGAGUGAAAGUGAGUUCAAAGAAGCGUUACCUACAAUUGAAAUGAAUUUCUUCAAAUCCUUCAUGGAAAUCAAACCCAAGGAUUAUUGUCAAUCUCUUCCGUUGGUGAACACCGUCUACUUCCAUGUGUGCAAAAGUAUGCUAGAAAUGGCCAAUCGCGUCGAAGCGGAGCUUAGCAUUAAAAAAAUAUUAACAUUUGAAAACAUGUGGAAGAUUACGCCCUUACAAGAAAACGCCAAUGUUGCAUCAUUAUUUGCCAAAUGUUUUAUUAAACAGCUUCAAAUGCUUGUGAAAAUGGCAAAUCAUUUCGAACCGGGAAAGAUCACCGUGAAAGGGGAGUUCUUUUACGAGUGCCAGAUCAAAAUCUUCAAUGUUUCGCGACUCGUUCAUGAGGACCUACGCAUUUGGCUUUGCCUAGUAGAUGCAACGAUGAUGCACAUGUUCCAAGGAAAUACUCAACGAAUUGAAGUGUACUCGGCUGUGUUGGAAGUGUUCCAUAGCUAUGUUUCAUCGAAUGCAUCACGCCACGAAUCCCAGGAAUCUGUACGCAUGGUUGCACACAAUACAUUGGAGUUCGUGGCACAGAUCGAACAAACAGGACUGGGAAACAGCGCAAUGGAUAUGGAAAUACUCCGGAAGCAGAUAUCGUUCAUUGGACCAGAAUUUCUCAGCGUCAAAAUGUCAUUGUCUUGGUAUCGAGAUCUGUUGGAUGUGUUCAAGAAUUACUGGGAACGUUUCAACGAAGCCCUGCCCAAGUUGACACGCAAACUGGAGGGCAACCAUCUGAAACUUGAAGUUGACGAAAUCAAAAAUCUUCUUUCAAAUAUAGUUUCUCAAGUGUUGAACAAAGAUGUCAGCCCAGAAGAAGUGAUCAAAUUCUUCCGAGCAUAUAACGAUCUGUUUACGGACAUGGAAGAUAUGCCAUUUGUAUGGUACGUACGAAUCCAAACACGCUGUAGAAAAAAUAAAUUACUACAAAGUGAAAUAAUCAAGAGCGUUGAAAAUGCAUACAGCAAUACUGACAAUGAGUGCUACCAGGUCCAAGGAGGACAAAAUGACAGGUUCGUAGCAACAUAUGGAAAUGAUGAAGUACCAGAUCACUAUCAAGUCGAAGUGGUAAAGACACUGCUAAAUAACAUCGAAAAGAUAGGACGAAAGCAAACAUGGGCCAACGAAAGUAAACUGUCUGCCACAGAUCAAUUAAUUGCCACCGUUCUUCUGAUCAAUGCCGUCAGAAGCUCUCUCCUAUACCUCAAGGAACAACCCGACUACGUCGACUUUGAGAAGUACUACGAAGAAUCUGUGAAACCGUUUAGUAGCGUUAUCAACGACAGCACUUCUCUGGAGGACUUCACCAAACGGGUAGAACUGAUCAAGGAAUCGUUCUGGUAUAUCCGCAAUCAGAAUUCCAUUGGAAUUGACAAAGCCGUGGAAUUGUUUAAGCAACACAAUGUGGUUUUCAAUGAGGAGCUUUAAAGAACAUCAUUUGAUCGAUAUAAUGACCAGUUUCUGAAAUACAUGUUGGAUUGCAACAAGUUGAGCACAACCGAUAAAAUACGAACAAUUGUUGGAGAUGUUCGAAGCAAAGCCAAACCGUUACUUAACACCAAAUGGACUGCCGAAUUCAAACAGACAACUCUUCCGGAAGUUCUCGCUGGAUUGGGAGCAGUGUGGUCAAUCAAAAUUUCUAAAGAUGUGGCAAACUCAGGAAAACAUCUUAAGCCUCACACGAUCCAAAUACUCAGCAUUUUGAGGCUUUUGAGUAUUGAUGAGGAUAUCACCGGCGUGCAAAAACAUUUGGCACAGAUAUUGACCGGUCAGGGAAAAUCAGUGGCCCUGGGUCUAGUCGCAGCCAUGCUCGCCUUGUUCGAUCAUGAUGUGGUUGUGGUAUGCUACAGCCGCUAUUUAGCCAAUCGUGAUUUCAACGAUUUCGAAGAUUUGUUUAAAACAUUUUCAGUCGAUUCAAAAAUUUACUAUCAAACAUUUGAUGAUGUAGCAUGGACUGAAAUGCAUAAACUGUAUGCAAAGGCAACCAAAUAUGUAAGCGAAAGCAUUGGAAUUCCAGACGAAACCCAAACAUUCAGAACUUUUGGUUCGAAAUUGAACAACACUGUGCUUUUGAUUGACGAGGUUGACGUCUUUUUCAUGGACAAAUUCUACGGUAACAGUUUCAAUCCCCUAUUUGUGGCACCAGUUCGUGGUCUAGGAAAGAUUCAGCUACAAAUUUGGAAUUUAGUACACAGAAAUAAUUGGCAGGUGGAAAAAGCCAUCCAAUCGUUCAUAAAUGCUUCCGACGACCCCGAGGUGAAAAUGUUCAGAUCUCUGCAACAGCGACCGAACCGUUAUAAGUUUUUAAACGUUGCAACCGACGUUACCGAAGUUCUACAUACGAAUCAAUCAUUACUGUCAGCUCACCUCCAACAAAUGAUUGAAACGGCCAUUCUUAUUAAGAACCACACAAAACACGAUGACUGGAUUCAAAGUUUCCGCAUAGAUCGAAACGGCUGCAUUACACGUAAAGAUGAUCAUGGCAUAUUUCGAACAGAUCGUUGCGUAGGAUACCAAAACACAUUCGUGUACUUCAAAUUGCGAGAAAAAAACUUUGUUCAAAAUGUAAAUGGUUAUAAUAAUUUUGGCUAUUUGUAUUUGAGUAUUGCUUCUCUUUCAUACUCAAAGAUUCCGGAAAAAUUUCCGCUUAUUUUAGGUGUCAGCGGCACACUGAAGAAAUUGACUGCCUUCGAAAAAGAUGCCAUCGAAAACCAUUACCAAAUUACACAAAACUCUAUAAUGCCUUCGUUCUUCGGUUGUUCCAAUCUUAAGUUCAAUCCUUCGAAAAAUUUCCAAUGUCAUGAAUGGCCUUUUUACUGGAGAAAAGCAAUAUUCGCACAAGUCAACGCAAUCAUCAAUGCCCAUAGGUCCGUGAUUGUGUUUUUCGACACUGAAACGGAAAUAGAUCAAUUCAAGCAUGCGUUUAAAUGGCAAUUGGAUCGACUGAACGUAAUCACCAACAAUACGGAGCCAAGUGUCAGAGAUUGCUGCAUUGCGGAAGCGGGUCUUAGUCGAACUGUUACCCUAGCGACUCGUGAAAUGGGACGCGGUGUGGACUACAAAUCUUCGCUUUCGGUGGAGAAAAACGGAGGAAUUCAUAUCAUUCAGACAUUCUUUUCGAUUGACGCAAAGGAAGAAACGCAAAUCAAGGGCCGCACGGCUCGGAAGGAUAAUCGGGGAAGCUAUGAGUUGAUACUUUGUUACACACAUCUCUUUGUGCUUCGACUAGUGCGCCUUUUCGACAGAACGGACCAGAUCAACUACGCAUACCUGUUGCAGUCUAGGAAAAGGCUCAUGAAAAAGGACAGUGAUUAUCUGCGACAGAAACUCGAGAGGGUAAAUAAAGCACACGAAAAAUCUAUCGGGUUCUGUAGGAAUCUAUAAUGUUUUUUAUGUAAAAUAUAUCAUCUGAAAUAAAUAUUUGAAAAUAA